CUUAUUUUCUUCCACUCUCCCUCCUCAACAACAUCAACAACGCCAGCUCUCAGACUUUGCGACAACAAGCAAGCUCCAAGUUGGCAGCCGCCUUUGCAUAAGGCUGCUUGAUGGCUUCGAUUCAUUCGCCAGGAAAAUUAAUUGCUCGGUCUCGGCCAGGGUCCCCAGCCUGUGCCGCACAUCAUACGGUCGCUUGCGCUCAACAAAGUUGAGCACUGUUGUCUUUCAAUAAAAAACUUCAUUUCGACAUUCUAACUGCUCCGAAAUCCGUACCUUAGCAACUCGGGUGGCAACCCAUCUUUUUUGCUUCAGUCUUUUUCAACCUUUCAAUAUGGGAAUCCGUGGCUUGGCAAUAAGCCUGGAGCCAUACGCCGCCCGAUACAAGAUUGAGGAGUUGGAUGGUCACACGGCCAUCAUCGACGGACCGUCCCUCGCAUAUCAUGCCUACCAUCUGGCAGGGAAGAAGUGUCCUCUUGGCAUUCCAUCCUACCGCCAUAUUAACCAGGAAGCGAUCCGUUGGCUCAGGAGCCUGCAAGAGAAUUUCAGUAUCAAAAUAUCUCAUAUUUUCUUUGAUGGAGCUUUGCCAGUUUCGAAGAAGGAAGAAAGACUGUUAAGGCUGAAAAAGGGCCUUGAGCAGAUGAGCACGUUUAGGGCCAUUAACAACAGGGCCGGCUGUCCCAUCCCGCAGAAGCUAGGGUCAGUGAACUACCCGUUUCUUGCACCUUCGUUACUGGAAGCCUUACGUGGCUCCGAGUUCGACAAUAUCACGAGGACCGUCCCCGGUGAAGCCGACGACUGGUGUGCACACUGUGCCAGUCUCGGAACUGGUCGUAUCAUCUUCACAAGCGAUACUGAUCUAAUAUGCUUUGAAUAUACCCACGAAGUGUUGAUCGCGUUCUUUAGAGGUGUUACCCUAGAGGGCGACCCUAGCAUCCACGCCUACCCUACCGCCGACAUACGUAAUCGUCUGAAAUUGAAGAGCCUCGUCCCUCUCGCUUACGCUAUGAUUCACAACCCCUAUGCAACGUUCGCGGAAAGUUUACUUACGGCACGAACUUGCAAUAUUGAGUUCACAGAAUACCUUGAUUUCAAAGCACGGUAUGCCAACAAUGACCCCAAUCUUCCCUACGUACUCUGGUCUCGAGAAGUGGAUAGAGUUGUGCGGACCCUCGACGCUAGAAUAGCAGAGUUUGUUCACCAGAUGCUCCCAUCGUUUAUUGCAGGCACAACCCUGCCUGACCUUCCAGAAAUCUUUCUCCCACCGCUAUUCGAAGACCCAAAUGAAGCUUCGGCAUGGAGUCAUGGACGCAAUAACCGCAUCCUGGCGUACUCACUGUUUGCACUGAAUCAAAAGUCUUCUCUUGUUUGUGAGACAACGCGUCGUGGGCAUUCAAUGAAGUCCAUUCAGUAUGAAUUUUAUCCUCGGGGGAAGAUAAUCGACGAACUUCGCGACACAACUUCUUACCUCCAAGCCUGGCUAGAGCGCUAUAAAGAUCGACUAGCGAUAGAACAGAGUUGGAGGCUCCUAGCCGUUCGAUUUGUCCAAAAUGACCUCCAAACUUUAUACCGACCUGUUUACAACGCCAGUGCAUUCACCCAUAUUGUGCACAGCCAAUUUGAUAGUACGUGGAAGUACGUGCAACUCAGCGCCUGUGUUCAGGCAGUCCUGUACUCCUUCCGUACUUUGCACCAAUGUAUCUCUGUCUACCUAGGAGCCUCUAACGAUUUGGAAGUUUGCGGUGUCUUACAAGAAUUGAAUAACCUAUUAUCUAGCCUGCCACUCCUUGCUGACUUCCCUUCAGUAGGAGCAAAGCCUCGCAGUUCCUGGAAUCACGCCAGGACGCGCUCUUGUCUGAGGGAUAUAUACGCCGAUCUAGGUAUCAAGGAGCAGGAACAUCCCCAGUCCAAGAAAAAGAGGGCCAAGGGUAAGCAGGCGUCAAAGGGGAAAGAGGGGGAGCUACUGAAGCGAGAUCCCAAUAAUUCUUUCGUGCUACUUCGUCAAGAUGAGGAUACUUGACGUCUCGGCAGAGCAUGAGGCUUGAUGGCAUAGCGAAUAGAAAUUCACCGUGCUUCUGACAUCCAAUAACCUCCGGUGCACCGACAAGACGAAAUAUUAAGAUGAUUGACCUGGGUCGAAAAUGGGAAAA